AUGUAUCACAAAAAUAUACCAUUACCUGCAAGCUUCGACCUCGACAAAAAGGAAGUGAAGCGAGCUGGCGUAGUCUGGACGGAAUGUGCCCAUAUUGUACCAGAAUCGACAUACUUCGAGAUAUCUGACGAGGAACCGCUGAGCUCCGUCGUUAAGAAGAGUGACUAUUCUGCCUCGCUCCUCGCUGUCUUGAAGCGUUUCGGCUAUAACGUCGAGAAUAUCAAUGGCUCUCAAGUACAUUCGUUGUGUAGCAUCAUGACGAUGGAACAAAAUGUUCGUGAUUCGUUUGAUCGCCUAGAGUUGUGGUUCGAGGCAACGGAAAUCGAGAACUGUUAUCGUAUCAGAACCGUCAUUGACAUGAUGCACAUACCAGACAAGGUUACAUUCACGCACCCCGCUAUCUUUGGUUCCGGCUCUCACGCGAACUCUCCACUCCCCUCCCCUGAGCUCCCCGCUCUACAUGGAUCAUGUGCCAAGGUUUCUCAUCUCUCGGGGGCAGCUACAUACCUUGACGAGCUGGAUCAAAAUCUAGAUGAUCUGCCUAUUUUAGGCGGCCGAUGGAGGGUCAUCUAA